UAACUCCAGUACUGGCCGUGCUUUCUUGUUAAGCGCCUCGUACCCGCCACUCAGUUAGCUACCUGUUCAUGCUCUUUUUCUCUAGGCACUCACAUACUGGGAUUUUGAUGUAACGCGACCAUCAUUAGUCUUACUCCCUCUUGUCCCUAUUCCACGAGUAGGGCGAAUACCAAGCCUCGUUUCAUGUUUUUAGGAUUUUCAAGUUUUCGUUACGAAUCCGCCCUUCCCUUAGUUUUUAUAUUGCCUUUUACCUAGUCACAAGCUUAUAAGCUUACCUAUACAUCUUGGAGUACCGUCGGCGCCUUUCCCUUCGAGGUUCAAUCGACGGUGUAAUCACCGACGGAUCCUGUAUUCGACUUGAGAUCGACUUGCGACUUUGGGCAUUACAUACGCACUCCAAGCCUUCGUUCCAGAGCCCGGAGUUUGCUUCGGCUCUGUAACCUCCCACUGAGCCGAAAUUCGCCAUGUCGGUCUUCUCGUUAAUAAAGCGAGGCCGCGCCCAAGCCAAAGAGCACAACGCAAAGCAGGCUGAGAGAGCCAAGGAAGAGGCCGUUAAAUUACCUUACAGGCAUGUAGUUUCGCAUGCUGCCAGUGAUGCCUUAUCAGGAGCUCCUUCAAGCUGGAAACAUGCCGACAGACCUAGAAUCAUGGAGCAGAAUAAACGAAGGACUGCCAUAAUGGCUAAAGAUCCCAACACGACGGGACUACCACGUGUAGGAAGCUCGCUAUCAUAUGUUUCAUACGCGUCCGUCUAUGGUACUCCUGUCGUACCUCUUCCUAGGAACUACAGCUACAAUAACGUGCCUACGUCCUGGCGUGAUCAAUUAGCAAAUUUCCACGAAGGUCCUGACUACUUCACACAGCCUGUAAACGGAGGAAGUACCAAAGGGAAGGGACUCGAUCACGUACGGACCCCCGGAUCGAUCGGACCAGCCCCGAGACGAUCCCCAAGGCAUUCCAGUACCGUAUCAAGCAAAGAUGUCUCCCAAGAUAGUAGCACGGGAAAUCUUAGUGGCUCUGAAGAUGAUCUAGAGAUGAAGACCAGGAUCGUUAUUAAUCGACGGCCCCAGAGUAUCGCUUAUCAUUCUAGCGCUUCCCAGCAGAGCACUUCCUCCAGCGAGAAAUCCUACCGUACACCUCUCACUAGUGCAGGGACGGGUAAUGAGCCGGCAGCAAAGGUCGAUAGAUACUAUCCACCCCGGUCUCAUAGCACAUAUUUUUCAGCACCUCGUCCUUUAAGCAGACGGGUUCCCGUCGCAGAGGUGCCUGUCCCGCCUGCCUCUGUCACCGAACGUUCUAACUCGACGGCUUCUUCAUCGACGGUUUCUGGUCAUUUUUCCACCGCUUCAUCGACCGCUUCCAUCGGCCUCGCCAUUGCAUCUCCCUUUUCUCCUAGCGAUAUUGAACCCCUAUCGACGCCACCCACCACAAAAGAUCGCAUAUCCCCUGAACGAAAGUCCAAAAAAACCACUACUAUAGACGAAUCUCAUACCCAGUCAGCACGACGAAGUUCAACGGGACAAAUACAAUCCUCCACAGAUGUCUCCAUAACCAAGACCAGCAAACAAACUAUUACUCCCGAGACGCCACCAACUCAGAGAAGGAGACGUAGACUAUCUAAAUCGAAGCCUCCAAAUAGCGACGCCAUCAGGAUGUCUGCCGAAACCGUACGUCCUGCCAGGCCUAGUCUAAGUGCUAUUACUCCCACGGCGAGUAAUUUCGAUAAGGUCGACAAUACUAUUCAACAAAAGGUCGAAGAGAUUACAGUUGUGACAACUUCCGGAUCCGUGCGGAAGUCUCACGGUAAAUUGAGCAAGAGCCCGGAGAUAAAAGAGACUAAACCGAGUCGGAAAGGAUGGUUUUCGCUCCGACCUAACAGCAAAACACCUACGAUCACUGCACACUAAUAAUAAACAAGGACCACUAAUAGUACACGAAGUCAUGGAUGACAAUAAGAUCCAUCCAUCCUUCAAUAUUUACGAAUAAUAUUAAAAUCCGACACUAUAAACCGCGAUAUCAUCUAUGAGCAUCUUUAUCAUGAACCUUUUUUUAUAAAGAGCAGCAUGAGAUGCUUUAUAAUCAUGUAUAUCACGACAGCCUAUAUUUCCAUAUGUUUUGUCAUAUUAUACCUAGCCGCCGCCCAAAAUCAUGCGGGUGCAAGAAAAGGAAUCUCAGUUCUUGAGCUAACGGGUUAAUACGGAUAGAUAUUAGAUAGCUACCUAGCUACCAGGUUCGCAAAUUGGGGAACGACCAUUAUGACUUGGAUAACAUCUUCACUUGUUGAAUAGCUUAGAUUGCCUAUCUUAUGUACAUGCCAUGACAUACGUGGCUCCAUAUCUCUCCUUGUCUAUAUCUUUUCAUAUUUAACAUAAAUCUGACCAUCCAUACCUACCAUGUUAAUCUCGCAUA